GAAACAAAGAGUCGCAGCAGACCGACCACGAACACAGACAACAAUUUACUGUCGAACACUAAUUCGUAAGGUCUCAGAUACGCACUACCCUCACGCAAUGAUGACAAUAAAUGCUUUUCUCCUUGCCCUCCUGGCAUCCGUUUUUGCCCCCAUCGCUUUCGGUCAAGACAGCAACUCCACUUGCGCUUCCAUUGCCGAUAUUGUUUGCGCAGAGGACAACCUGAAUGCCGUUUGCGAAGCUCUUUCAAUUAGCGGACUUGACGAUGAUUUGGCGGAAGAAACUUGGACGGUAUUCGUUCCUACAGAUGAGGCUUUUGAAGAACUGGGACGCGACAACCUUGAUUAUCUUGUGUUCGGAAACGAUACGGUCCCCCUCACUGACCUAUUGUUGUUCCACGUCGUUCCCGGAGUUGCUCUCACCUCCGACCUCCUCCCUUGUGUGGCCGGAGAGAACUUGAUCGAAAUGGCGAACGGAGACGAUUCCCGCACCAAGUGCAGAAGAGGAAUUCCGGUGUUCCAAAAGGGAAAAUUUAAUACUCAGGAGGAUUCUCCCCAAUUCAUCGAGACCGACAUUAUGGCCUGCAACGGAGUGGUGAGUACGAGUAUGCGUCGCCUGGAUUUGUGGUGUGCUUCUGGAAAUGGAAGCCAAUGGCAACGGGAAAAUCAAGCAUAGAAUCCAAAGUAUUUUCAAAAGUCGGAAAAUUUUUCGACCGUUUCAACCGAAUUUGUUUGUUCAUUGUUUUCUCACUCGGUUGGUCGCCAAUAUCUCUCAUUUUUCUUUUUCGGAUGUCUUCAAAUUCAAUUUGGAAUCACUCGUAUUAACGUUACCACGAUGUGUUAUUACUGUGCCUGAAUCCGUCACCAAUCCUCUCACAGAUCCAUAUUCUGGAUAAGGUCAUGCUCUACGAAUCGCUUCCUCACCCUAUUCCCGUUGCGGAUGCGGAAGAGGAGCCCGAAGAGGAGCCCGUUGCGGAUGCAGAAGAGGAGCCCGAAGAAGAGCCCGAAGAGGAGCCCGUUGCGGAUGCAGAAGAGGAGCCCGAAGAAGAGCCGGAAGAAGCAAUCGAAGAAGCAGUGGAAAAAUGCCAAACAAUUGGUGAGUGAAGAAACAUUUCUGAUCGGAUUCUUACACGUGUUGGUAGUUGUCCUCGUUCGCUCUGGAUUGUAGGCGAUUCUCAUAUUCAAACAAAACUACGUUGCUUUUUUUCUCUUUUCUUCAAUUCUACAGUCGAGCUGGCCUGCUCAAACCCACGCUUCACAACCGUCUGUGCCCUUGUCAAUGAGUUCGGACUUGCGGAUGAUCUCAGCGACGGGAUGUGGACCGUCUUUGCUCCUUCCAACCAGGCCUUUGACAAUGCCCCCCCAUUCCCGGCCGAUGUCGACUUGAACUUUGUCUUGCAGGGACACGUUGUAGCCAAUGAAGCUAUUCGAGCCGAGGACCUCGUGUGCACCGAGAAGAUCGAGAUGCUUAACGGUAAACUGACCCGCACUGUUUGCAAGAAUGGAACCACCUACCAGAACGGUGUCGACAACGACGACGACAAUAGACCGGAAAUUGUAUUGGCAGAUAUCGAGGCUUGCAACGGUAUUAUACAUGCUGUAAGCCAAGUCAUUCUUACAUAAAUGAAUGCAUACGAUUGAGUGUGCAGACAGAGAACGGUCGAAAUCGAUUGGAAAGGGGCGCCAAGCACGUUGUUUCGACCAAAAUCCAUGCUUUUUUGACGAAAUGGGGAGAAACCCAUUUCUCAUAAAUGACAACAGACUGU